AAUUGUCUUGUGCUAGGAAAAACAAGUUGAAAGUCAAAGUUUCAUACGCCCCACAAUUGCAAACGUCUAAAAAAGGCUUCUUCAUGUAUGACCGACUCAUCCAAACGCAACAAGACGACUUGGCUUAGAUAUAAUCCACCAACCCUCCUCUCAAAUUUUCCAUAAUUCCAAUUCCAUCUUUCCCUGCUACUAUUUCCCUUUUUUUGUGUUUCCUUUUUUCACAUAAAAAAGUUGAAGAAGAUCUUCUCUUUUUACAAUCAAGAGCAUCUGGGUUUUAAGUGUUGUGGUUGGCAGCUGACACCUAAUUUUAAGAGAGAGAGAAAACGCAAGAAAAUCCAGGGGAUUUCACAUUAGAUCUGGCGCUGGAGUAGAAGUCGGCAUGUUGUUUGAUAUUCGUGUCUGUCUUUAGACUCACGAAAAAUGUAAUCUUGAGGUUUGGGUUUGAAUUGUGGAGCUGUGUGAAACUGUGUUUGUGUUGGUAGAGAUGGGGAUCUGUUUGAGCAACCAGAUAAAGGCUGAGAGCCCUUUUCAUACUGGCACAGGUGCAAGUUCGUCUAAAAUGAUAAGUGGAGAUGGGACGGAGUUAAGCAAUUCGGGGAGCAGCAAGAGAUCCUCUGCAUCCAUACCUCCAACUCCUCGGAGUGAAGGUGAGAUAUUGCAAUCCUCCAACAUGAAAAGCUUCGCCUUCAGCGAUCUCAAGGCCGCCACGCGAAACUUUCGCCCCGACAGCGUGUUGGGGGAGGGAGGUUUUGGUUCUGUUUUCAAAGGAUGGAUCGAUGAGUAUUCUCUCGCAGCAUCAAAGCCUGGUUCUAGCAUGGUUGUUGCUGUCAAAAGGCUUAACCAAGACGGCUGGCAGGGCCACAAGGAAUGGUUGGCUGAAAUCAACUAUCUAGGGCAGUUGCGUCAUCCGAAUCUUGUGAAAUUAAUUGGGUAUUGCUUAGAGGAUGACCACAGGCUUCUGGUAUACGAGUUCAUGCCAAAGGGUAGCAUGGAGAAUCAUCUUUUCAGGAGAGGAUCUUACUUCCAGCCACUGUCCUGGAGCCUAAGAGUGAAAAUUGCUUUGGGUGCUGCAAGGGGCCUUGCCUUUCUUCAUAAUGCUGAAACAAAAGUAAUAUACCGGGACUUCAAGACUUCUAAUAUCUUGCUUGAUUCGAACUACAAUGCCAAACUCUCUGAUUUCGGAUUGGCCAGAGACGGGCCGACUGGUGACAAGAGUCAUGUCUCCACUCGAGUUAUGGGUACUUACGGAUAUGCUGCUCCAGAGUAUCUAUCGACAGGCCAUUUAACUACAAAGAGCGAUGUAUACAGCUUCGGAGUGGUGCUCCUGGAGAUUCUAACCGGAAAGAAAGCAAUAGACAAGAACCGGCCAACGGGGGAACAUAAUCUGGUGGAGUGGGCAAAACCUUACCUGACAAACAAGCGCAGAAUAUUCCGCGUGAUGGAUAACCGCAUUGAAGGGCAGUAUUCAGUUGAUCUAGCCGUAAAGGCGGCUACCCUUGCUCUUCAAUGCAUAUCUAUGGAUCCCAGACCAAGGCCUAAUAUGGAUGAGGUGAUAUCAGCUCUGGAACAGCUCCACGAUUCAAAGGACACUUCCAAAUCCGAAAAGAAGGAGAAAGAUCACACCCUCAAUAGGCGACGCCAAUCAAAUACCGGAACUAAGUCCUGCAAGACCACUGCUGAAGGAACGCGCCCGGCACCUGCUUACCCCAGACCUGCUCUUCUAGCGUAGACGUCUUCCUUAUUAUUGCUUGGAUGCAAGCAGACACUCUGUGGCCUCCCCUACUUGUACAUAUUCUUUUUUUCAUCUGUAAUGCAUGUGUUGUUGUAGCCUUUAGAGUUUUGAGCUUCUUCUGGUUGAUGAUACUCAUGCUGUGAUAUUCAAAUAUCUUUCAUAUGUAUCUGGGAAUUCUCAUUUUGUCACCUAAAUGGAGUCAAGAUUUUGAUG